AUGAACACACUUCCACCAGAAGUGGUGGAGUUAAUUGCACGUCAUGUUGACCGAGUCCUGCUAUUCCGGUUGAUACAGCUACUGUCCCUUGAUCCACGAUGGCACAACGUGUACAACUAUUUGCGCUGCCGGCCCUAUAUCAUCACCAUCGAUAAGGAUCCUCUCAAUUGCAAGGCAUUGGAACAGCUCGACGAUAUCAUUCCUCAUCUUGAAAACAUCACGUUGAUCCCUUAUCAAGGAAAAAGACUUAACCAGGGUAUCAUCAAUGACCUUAUACGAAGUUUUCCCCUUAAGAACAUCAAUAUCCAUUAUCCUGCUGUCAAUGGCAACCACUGUCACUCCUUCGAUCGUGUUACUCUGUUAAAGUGCAACGCAGACAGUCUUGCUUCAGUGACGUCGCAAUUUCCACACUUGGUUCAUUUGACCCUAAAUUUAACUGGUACCGAACCCCAUUAUUUAAUACCUCCAUUGCCCAUAACUCUCGAGAAGUUGAAUAUUCUGAAUUGGAGUUUAUGCACAGUGACACCGCCUCCGCUGGUCAUGUCCCUACAUUUAGAAAUGGGACUGUUUGUGAUUGAACCAAAUGACUCAGGAGAGUUGCGUCAUCUUGAGGAGUUGAAACUAAAAUAUGUGAAAAAGUUGUCAUGGGGUGUGCAGAAAGUCCCUCAACUCUCACGAUUUGGCCUGAUAAAGCACUUGGAACUGGUAUUGACCCCACCUGGAAUUCCAGACCCAGUGGAAUCGCUUUUUCAAAAUGAUAUAAAGCCUCUGCCUCGGCCAACCAAAGUGAAACUUACAAAACAUUAUAACUCGUUGGAAUUGGAGAUUGAUUUGAGUACGGAUAGUGCCAGCGAAGUAUUCAAAUUUCCAUCAGACACCUGGCGCUCUGAUGUGAUAGAUACCAUUGAUUGCCGCGCUAUGGGAUUCCCAGAUGAUCUACAAGAGCUUGUCAUAUCCAAAUUCAAUAUGCACAGUCUAACCCAAAUGCCCUCAGAGUUGACACGUCUAGUUGCCACGGAUAACUAUCUACAGCAUAUCGAUCCAUUCCCACCAAAACUCACGUAUUUGGAUGCACUGUAUAACAAGCUUGAACUGGUGAGUUUGUCUCCUUCACUCAAAUUUGUCGACCUCUCAAGAAAUCAAUUCUCCAAAAUAAUGCAUAUACCAGCGCUGAUAAAGCACUUGAACCUUUCGAAGAAUAAGAUUGAAUCACUUGAAGGAAUAAGCGGUGGGGAAAGUCUUGAAUACCUAGACUUGCAAAAUAACUUACUUCUGGUCGUCAAUAUUAGCCUUCCGAAUUUGUCAGUGUUAAACCUCAAUUCCAACAAGUUGGUUGAUGUGAGUUUGAAAUGCCCUAGGUUAUCCAAAGUUUCAUUGAAGAAAAAUAACUUCACGAGAUUGCCAGAUUUGCCAGGCGAGAUCAUGGAGUUGGACUUAUCGAAUAACCUGAUAACAGAUUGGAGAGGACUAGCAAGCCUUCACCGGCUAAGACUGCUUGAUAUCUCUGAAAAUAAACUAAGCUCUUUGCCGCUUGAAAUUGAGCGCCUUGUCAACAUAGAGUCGCUUCACGCUAACUAUAAUCAACUUGAGGAGGUCCACUUUGAGCACAACUCUAGCUUGAAGGAACUUCAGCUUGAUGGUAAUCGUUUGAAAAGUAUCGAUUUGACGACAUUGUCACUUCAGGUUGUUAGUAUUUCCAACAACCAACUUCAUGAGUGUGACCUUCCUUUACUGGUGGUCAGGGUUUCAUUAUCUAGAAACAAUAUUCGUCAUCUUCAGUCAUUCAGAGGUUACGCACAACUUGAGCAUCUUGACAUUAGCUCCAAUCGUUUGGAACUGGUGAUCUUGCAUGCCUCACUGGUGAAGCGCUUAGCGGUGUGGGGUAAUUUUUUGAAAGACAUAAUUGUACCCAAGGAGGCCAUCCCUGAAGUUUCGUUUGGUUCUGAAAACAUUCAAAACAUCCGAAUUGGUGAUAGUUUUGACCUGCUGAAAGUCAUUUUCCAGAACCCCAAAGGGCUGACGGAAAACCAUUGGCGCUCAGAGGUUGUCUUCAGCGAUGACCGACUUCACAUUCCGGGGGGCGUUGCUGUCGGAAUAAUCGAUAUUCCGCCCGGUUUACGUGAGCUCGAUAUCGCGAUCAGUGAACUGCUGGACUUUUCUCGUUGGACUUUACCCCAUCAUAUCAAUAAGGUAAAGCUAACACGCAAGGUCAACCCUCAAUUUCCUAAAGUUCGAUUUAUGUCCACAGAAUUGGUGAAGCCACCCGGAGGAAACCAUUGUUUUGCCUAUCUCGAUCAUUUGACCUAUUUGAAAAUUGUUGGGCUCAAUGUCAAAAUGAGCCGUAGUCAGCCGAUGGUCUGUCCAAUGACACUUCGGUAUCUUAACUUUGAUUUUAAUGUCAGUGAUGAAAUCUGGAUUAAAUUUAAUGGUAAGGGUUCAACGAGUCUCUUCUCGCUUCUGAUUCAGCUGUGUUUUCAAGAUUCUGCUUCGAAUCAGUUAUUGAGUCGAUACACGUACGAUAGCAUCGGCCAUAACGAAAACACUCAACACUCAAACCUUCGAAUCAUUGAGGCACUGACGCCCCCGAUCAUACCCGAGUUAGGUGCAGUAAGUGAGCAGACGCUACACGCUUGCACUGAGGUCGAAAUCGAGAUGGCGCAAGGUACUAUGCAGCCUUACCCAUGGCCACCCGAAGUAAUUUCAUCGGUUUUCGAUCCCGCCAAAUGCCCACCUCGCCUUCAAGGUUACAUAAAUGAGCGAAAAUUUGGUGUCAACAACGUCGUUUACUGGGAGUACCCUAACCCUCAUUGCUUUGAUGAUGUCAAUCCUGACUUUUGGCCUCGUACCGCUAGCAUUCAAUAUAUAUGA